GCGCUACCUCCCCCUUCCUCUGGCCCGUCGGUCUCCCGUUCAAUCGCGCUGCAGAGAUGGUCUCCCGCAUUAUCUUCUGGACUGGCUUCGGCAUCGCGACCCGGGUAUGGCAGCUCGGUCUGCAGCAGAUCAAGCCCUGGUCACCUAAGCUCCUCUGGGCCUACCCCAUCUUCGGCGCAUGUGGUGCGAGUUUCGGAUACUGGUUAGAGACUGUCGACAAGAAGCAGGUGGAGAUUUUACAGGAGAGGAAAGAGGCAAUCCUGGCCAAGCGAGCGCGGAGAGCAGCACGGGAGGGCGAGGCGGCAUGAAGGGAUCAGUUAUCCUGAGUUUCAGGCGCAGGGAAUGCGCAUAGCUAAGAGUGCAACAUCAACGGCACGACGGCUAUACGAGAGUCUACUACUACGAAUUUAAAUGAAGUAGCACAUUUG